AUGAUGGUCCAAGUAAUUUCGCCAACCCCAACUGUCAACUGCAGCUACCAUUUUUAUUCCGGUUUGGCACUUGGCGACAGUCGGAAUGAGACGCAACCCCUCGCCACUUUCAGCGGCUCCAACGAGUUCACGCCAAUACUUUUAUCUUCGGGCACUUUCACUAUUGAGGUUCCGGCGGGUUGCGCGCCAAAAAUAAAGCUGAGCAGAAAGCCAACGGCCAGUGGUCAAAAUUUGGUCGAAAGUAUAGAUUGCAAUGGAUUGGUAUUGGCACUAGGUCCGGGAUAUCAACAACAAGUCGUUACGCUGGCUAAUGCGCAUGCGAGCUCUUACGUUUGGAACUGUGCUCCAAACGCUGACGUGAUCUUCGAAUUUGUCGACAUCAAGAACGGAAAAUUGACUGCCGAGUUUCUCGACGAAAACGGAAAGGUGUUGGAGAAAGAUUCCUACAGCAAAGACGGAUCGGAAAGUGGGAAUUCUCGGGUGGUCAAGAACGUUACGCGAAUCACGCUUGGCUACAGCGAUGACGACUGGGAAGAUUCCGGUGCUCAACCGCUCGGCAACGAUGCACAAGAUGCCGUCCUAAAUUUUGUGUGGAAAUACUGGGAUUUUAUUGUUGAUAAGGUUUGCUACGAUUGCGCCGAUGUGUUAAUCCGGCUUAUCGAGCUUCAUCUCUCGACUUGUGGGGCCUGUAGCGCUGUCGAAAAGUGCAAAUGGGUCCGCGGGAUGUUCAACGAGCUCUUUUCAAGCCCGGUGUCUUGCAAGGCGCGCUACAAAGCCAUAGUUGCUUUAUAUGCCUUACUGCCCAACGAAGUAGCCCAACGAUUCAACCAGCCCUUUAUGGAUGUGUUGUACGCGAAAAUGGGCAGCUUCACCCUUUCCGUCGUGCUCAGCGAGUUGAUAUGCGCGGAUUUGGAGGCGAGGAGAGAUGAGCGAAAUUGGGAUUACCAUGUGAAAUCGAUGAUAAAUUUGCUGUCGGCAGGACCUGGUCAUUGCUCCCCCCUGGAUCGACUGCUGCCCCGUAUUAUGAAAAAUCCGCUUUUACGAAUCGGUUUUGUGGAUAAAUUAAUGGAUGCUGUAAAAGACCAAAUUUCAACAGCGUCUACCUCGGCCACCGCCGAUUUUCUCGUCGGGCGGAUGGCGUUGGCGAAGUUUGUCGUUUUCACGAGAACCACUUGUCAAUGGCGUGAUUUUGUGGUGAGAGAGGAAAUGGCUCGAGCAUUGUUGCAUGUGAAUGUCCAGGUCCGCCUAACCGCCUUGUCGCUUCUGUGCGAGCACCCAAAGCGAACGCUGUUUAUCGAGCUCGAAGAUUGUGAAUUGGCGCUUGCGUAUAUCGAGUCCAACAUGACCGAACAGGAGCCGUCGAAUCGUCAGAAAAUUUUGGCCAGUUUGAAAAAGUUCCUAAUGCGCCUCUGCGACGUUGCCGAUCAAAUUUCGAAGAAACCUGGCGAAACUGGGCCUAUUGUCGGGUAUUCCGAUUUUUUGAGAAGAUUAGCAGCGUUGACAAUCGAGUCAAUUAAGCCAGGUGCCAAUUUCUCGCGGCGAAUCAUGGCGCUGUCGAUCCUUGAUUUAUUGUACAAGGACGAGGUGCUGAAUUUAGAUGGAAAAGAAACACUUCGCUCGCACGCCCAUCUCGAGGAUUUGUUAACGGAAGAUCUACGAGCUUUGCUGAUCGGUUGCUUCGACGAUUCCUUCCAAAUUUGCCAAAAAGAAGCACUCAGGCUGCUUCAGACACUGAAAUUCCCGGAGAAUUUUGACUUCGAUAGCUUCAUCGCGGUCACCGAGUCACAACUGGAUUCGCUACGCUCUCAUGAUUCACUAUCGCUUAGCUACAGGCUACGCUACUACGCGGCAAAACGACCAAACGAUGUGGCCGGGCUGUUGGAAAGGCUGAUCAAAAAGGUUCUCGCAAGCUGUGAAGCCCUCGACAAAGAGAGCUUGAUCGCCAUUUCCUACCGACUGCUCCACCCGACGUUGAGCUCUAUCGCUCUUUUGCUCGAGCCAAAGCCGGCCAUAGCUCCAGAAAUCUGGUCGACUCAAAUAUUGCCAAUGUGCUUCCGGGCAGCUAAUUUAGUGAAUAACACCACCGGUGAAUGCCUUGCGCCCCAAGUCUCCCAGACGCUAGUGGCCUGCUGCUGGCGCGCCCACAAGCAAAUCAGCACGAUUUUGUCGUUGGCGGCUGGACAAUUAGAAGUACGACCGCCAGCCGACGUGCGAGCCGUCUUCGACUUUUAUUGGCUCGAGCUGACGGAAUGCCGACAUUGUGGGGCUUUCGAAAGUGCUGUGGACGGUUUCCAAGUACUCUGCCGUCGACUUUGGGCAGUGCAAAAUCCACAUUUACCAAAUUUGCUUGCCGCAUUGAGCGGAAUUCUGGAAGCGAUCGAUGGGAAAAAUGAUCUCGACAAGCUUUGCUCGACUCGUCGAAGCGCCGGUCUGCCCUAUCUCGUCGCGGCGUUGUGUUCGACGGAUCCGGGAUGUUCGGCUUUAGAUUUGGCGAUGGGAAAAUUGAUGGGAUUUGAGGGACGGGAGUCGACGAGCAGAAUCCACAGCCUCAACGUCCUCCGGUCGCUCUUCAUGCACUCUGAACUUGGCGAACGCGUUUUGAAAUACGCCGAAAAAGCCGUCAAGCUGGGAGUGGAAGGCUGUUCGGCUCCAAAUUGGAGCGAACGAAACGCUUCCGCCCAACUUGUCGCCUCGCUGAGAACGCGUCUUUUUGGAGUCGCCCGAGCGGCCAAAGUCGAGUUACACGUAGAUGAGCGGAACACGCGAUCGGCGUUUGAAUUCUUUUCGAGAUAUCCCUCCCUCUACCCGUUCCUGUUCGACCACCUUUCCAAGCACACCUUCCACGACGAGUUUGGCCUAUUUCCGGUGCUCGUCCUCCUCUCCCACCUCAACCCGAGUACAAACGCGUCGAACCCGUUCCCGCUUCACCCAUUUGUGCCAAAAAUCAUGAAGCUCUUGCUCACGCUGCGUUCCGAGAAGCUACGGAAAUUGGCCGUUGCUGCCUUGGUGGCAAUUUCAACGCGAGAGGACCUCCUCUACUGCCUGGAAAUCUUUAGCGGCCUCGACAUUGCCCGGCUUCCACAUAACGUCCUGGACUCGCUGUUUAAUUUGGACCCGCGGAUGUACUUUCUUUUCAAGGCUCAGAAUCGGGGAAUUUUGGCGAAGGCUGUCGAAAACGGCGCGUAUUUGGAUUACAACGACUACGUGCUGAACCAAUUCUUCCAACUGUGCCUUAUGACGGGCAUGCACGAUCCCAUGCGCAAAUUUAUCGAGAACAAGGAGCUGCUUGAUAAGCUGACACUUGCGUUAAGACCACUGGCCCGCUUCGCCGUCGCCCAACAAUUUCCGCCCAAAAUUCUCAAAGAGCACCCCGCAUUCCGGCGUGAGGUGUAUCGCGAAAUUUUGAAGAAAAACUGUGUCACUUCUGCCGACUGGACGUUGUUUUUGUGCAGUGGG